UUUUCGUAUUAUUGUCACAAACACACAUAGAAAAUAGAGUACCUACAUACAUUUACGAAUUUACAAUUUUGAAAAUCUAAAAUGAGUGAUGAGAAACUUAUAGAUGAGACGCAGAGCCAAUCAGUGGCUGGAAUGGAAGCAUUGAGAAUAGAAGUUGAUAACAAAGAAAAUAGUGAUCCAUCAAAAUCAGAUAAAUUAAAAGUCGACAUUCUACUGAAAGCGACAGGGAAUGCUCCUAUAAUGAAGAAAAAAAAAUGGGCUGUUGAUGCUGAAAAGCCUAUUGGAUGGAUUAUGGAGUUUGUAAAGAAAUAUCUCAAACUUGAAGCAGAUGAGAAAUUAUUCCUGUAUGUGAAUCAGACUUUUGCGCCAUCACCAGAUCAGAUUGUCAGGAAUCUUUAUGAGUGCUUCGGUACAGAUGGGAAACUGGUCCUGCAUUACUGCAAAAGCCAAGCUUGGGGCUGAAGACUGAUGUUAAUUAUAAGGCUGCAACAAAUAUAUUGAAGAAACACUCUAUAUUUAGUUUUGUCAAUCUGUUUGUUUUUAUAGUUUAUUUUCAAUCAUAUGAUUUGGAACAUAUUACCAAAAAAAUAAUCAUGCAACCUAUAUUCAAAUAGUCAUUGUUGCAUUAUAACUUAGUGUACCCUUGUACGUGUAGUGUUCUUUAAUAAUAUAGACAUUACCAAGGCUACCACCACCCUGCCUAUUUCUUACGUGAAGCAGUGAUGCGUUUUGGUUUGAAGGCAGCCGUUGUAAC